AUGGAUACAAUGCAACUUUGUUACAGCUGCCGGCAUGCCUUCCCUGUCUCUUCGCUCGCGCCCUGCGUCUUCAGCGAGAUCAUCUCCCACCGCUUUGAAGAGGUGCACAAGGUCGUGAAGGAGAUGCAGCCCACGACGCCCGAAGAGAACCACCGCAUCGUCAAGCUGCAGACGGCACUGCGCGAGCUGUGCUCAGCUGUUCACCAGGAAAUCGGUGCCCUCAAGGAUGAUAAGGCAACUCUCGAAGCGGCGCGUCAGCGGGAUCGUCAGGAGCGCGAGUUGGGCACUCAGUCCCGACUGCAAACCGCACAAGGCAACGCAACUAUGUCGACCACCCAAAUUGGAGCGCAGAAUGCCUCACGUCUCGGCUACAGUAAUUUUAGCCCCAAGGCAACUUUCAACGGUACAGUGCCAGCGUAUAAGCUGCGCAAGAUGAACUCCGCGUUAGAGUUGGUUUCAGCCAGCAUAUACUGCGUGCUGGAGAGUUUAGCUAUCCGCACUCGUGCAGCUGUUGUGCUUCUGUGGCUGCCUCCACCUGGUGUUGUGUCUACAGAACUUGUAGCACCAUUUGUGGUGGGCCGUGACACAUCUAAACUCCACAACUCGGCGCCGUACCGAGUAUCCGAGACCUCCGUCCCGUGCGCCGUUAGUGAAACGGGAAUCGCAGUGAACCUAAAGCCAAAGCCAGGUGCGUGCGUCUCCAAGGUGUCGGAGAACGCCCCUCUGCUGGAGCUGAUUGAAACGUCGAACGCCGCACAGCUACUUGUUCCUGUAUUCAAGCGGUACGGAGAAGUUCAGCGAUCGGUGCUUGGUGUGGUGCACCUGCUGGGCACACCCGUCUUCCCGUGUCCCUUUGGUCUUCGCAACGAAGAGAUGGCGGUGCAAACGGCAGCGACGUUGUCUAUUAUAUUGUCUUCGUACCAUGAAACGAUGGGCGGGGAGUGGGCCAACCGCAUCUACGACUCGUCGCUGCUCAUCAGCACCGCUGCUUACCAAGGCGCACUCGAUACGCGGAGCGCCCAGAAGGGCAUGGACGACUUCUCCGCGCCACCGACUCUCAUAUACCGCUGUGUGAAUGAGCGCAAGGAGGAUGACGACCCGCGUGAGGCGGUGAAGGCGCUGCGGCACGCAAUGUCAAAGCGCGCUGUGACAAAGAAGCCUGUGUGGUCCAUAAAGGACCUGCACCGGUUCGCGAUGAAUAUGGAGCAGAACUGGGUCUCUGUGCUGAAGAGCAGCACAGAGAUGGAGGCGCGGAUGGCCACACUGGAGGAGAAGGCUCUCCGUGUUGAGCUGGAAAGAGACCGGCCGGGAGCAGGCUCAGGAUUGGAUCAGACAUCCACUCUCUACUUGGAUGGCUCAGCUAUCGCGCGAGUAACGAGUGCCUCAGCCGCCUCGUUUGGCACACUGCCGCCCGUUGUUGACAGAAAGGCAGUCUUGAAAGCAGAGCAAAUCGACGAAAUUGAGAUUGCCGCCUUGCGGCGACUACAGAGUAUGAAGGUCGACACAGCACCCUUUCUAACGCAGAGAGAGGAUGAUGUAUGA